UGGAAAUAAUAAUAUGAAAAGGCAGAAUUUAGGCCAUUAACAAGGGAAUUAACAUAUAACAUAUGUGAAUUGUGCGUUACAGCCAUCAUCAUAUAUGUAUAUUAUAGAGAGAUAGAUAGUGACCUUGGCGGGACCUUCCAUGGACAUAAUUGGAGCAUGCCCUCGUCAUUCAAAGUGGAAGCUGCUGUGUGAAGCAAAGACCACCCCCCCUUUCUUUCAUCGUUCACCCACCAUCUUGAUAAAAACGAAAGAGAAAGACAACAAUUCUCUCACACCAUCAACAUCAUCAUCAUCAUCAUUCAAAUUCCAUUGUCUUUGAUUUCCAUGUUGACCUCACAGUUCCAUUCCCACCUACUGCCACCCUAACUUCCUUCCUUCCUUCACCCACCCUCACUAGUUUAGUCUCUACUGUAAGAAACCUCUUCUCGUUGUUCCCUUUUAAGCUAAGGCUUCUCCGGCAACUUAUAAAGGACAGACAUCUUCUCCGGUUCUCUACUUUGACAAAAUAUGAUGGAUGAUGAUGAUGAUUCAUUCAAUCACACAACAACCGGGUUUCGUUUCAACCCCCAAGCUGAAUCAGAUCACGGCGGUGGUGGUCAUGGGUUUUCAGGGAUCUUGGAUAUCUAUGUUCAUCAUGCCAAAAACAUUCACAACAUUUGUAUCUACGACAAUCAAGAUGUCUAUGCCAAAUUCUCACUUACAUGUGACCCCGACGAGACUAUCACUACAAGAAUCAUCAUAGGAGGCGGAAAAAACCCAGAUUUCAACCAGAAUUUAUCCAUGAAGAUUACCCAAUUCGAUGUCGUCCUCAAAUGUGAGAUUUGGAUGCUCAGCAGGGCUAAGAACUUCAUGGAAGAUCAACUUCUUGGUUUUGCUUUAGUACCCAUUUCCACUUUAUCUGGGAAAGGUAAGAUCAGCCAAGACUAUACUCUAUCUUCCACUGAUUUGUUCCACUCCCCAGCCGGAACUGUCAAACUCACUCUCUCUAUCAACCCAAACAACCUUCCUUCUUCUUCUGAAGCAGCAGCAGCUAUCAAUUCAUCCAUCACUUCAGAGGUUGUGCUUCUCAAUAGGAAUAUGCCAGAAUCUACGUUGGACCCGAUUGAGUAUACCAGGAUUGAAUUCCCUGACAUCAAUGUUGCCAGUGAGAAUCAAGAGAUGGUUUCUCGAUAUUUUGAUUUGGCUUCCUUUCUACAUCUUGGCAUCUCUCCUGAAUACGAAAUGGCUGCUAAUUCCUCUGGAGAAUCGUCCAACGGGUUCUUGAGCUCCACCAUGACAAGCUUAAGCGACGACAGGAUCUCUUCUGCUGAUUCAAUGGAGAAGAAGGCUCACGGUUCUUCGGCUUAUCCAGAGACACCGACUUCGAAGAAGAAAGGUGAUCAGACAAGGGAAGUUGAGAAUAAGGAAGAGGGCGAGAACAAAAAAGGCAAUGAUUCUGUUCAGUUUGGAUCAGCUUUCCCUAGCCGAAGUGGGAAGAUGAAAAUGGAGGUUGAGCAGUCGGAAAUACAACAACAGAUUGUGGACAUGUAUAUGAGAAGUAUGCAACAAUUUACUGAAUCACUAGCGAAGAUGAAGCUUCCAAUGGAUCUUGAUCAUCACAAGCUUGAAGCUGAGGAGAAAAACGGAGGUAUAAUUCAGAACAAUGACAAUAACAAGAACAAUAACAAAUUUAACGAUGAGAAUAAGAAUAAGAAAGACGGGUCAAGGGUGUUCUAUGGAAGCAGGGCUUUCUUCUGACCAACCAAUUCUACUGUUUUUUUUGUUUGUUUUUGUUUUCUAAUGCAGCUUCCUAAUGUAGUAGAGUUUACUACUGUUCAGUUUCCAGGAAUCUUUAGAGUGAAGCUCUGAAAUUCCAGGUUUCUUGAGUUUUAACAUGUUUAUUGUUUAUGUUCUCUCCUCCGGCAGAACGUUUCCUUGUAUAAUCUGCGUAAUGAAAAUGAAAUGUCCAGUAAUUAAGAAGUAUUUGCCUGUUAUUUUAU